UGAUUAAAUCGCGUCUUGCAGAGACCGCCUCAAACUCACCCAACCGUCAAAACUACAAAUAUCGAUUCGCAGCUGGCUGCAGAUGUUUCUUUUCGUCAACAAAAACAAAACACUCGCGAAUUGUGAAUUAAAUGCAUUAAAAUCCGGUGGCCUCAGUGCAUUGCAGCAGAUAAAGGCCAUUUAAAUUCCUGCCAAGGCAGCUCGUAUCGAAUAUUUCAGCCCAAAACGUAAACCGGUGAAGUGCGCAGUGCGAUGGAGAGGAAUCCAGUCACGGCUAAUAGCAUAGCAGGAGGAGGUAGAGAAUCCAGUGAUCAGGAGGAGAAAAAGUCACCAAGCGUCGCUGAAUAUAUGAAAAACUUUAAGAACAUCAUAGCACCAGGAAAUGAAGCCUCCAUGACCAGGGAGUUCAAUCCUCAGGUGGCCUACGAAUUCGAAAAGUAUCUCAAUCCCCAGAAGCUCAAACAGCAUGUCUUGAAGAGUGAAAAACUGCGUUCCAUUCUGGAGCAUUAUGCAAAGGAAUCGGGACAACCAUUUAAGCAGUUGGAACGACAGGCUAAGGCUAUCAUCGAUGAAAUCGGACUGGAGCGAAAUAUGGCUAUUAUCCGAUGGUGCGGUAUAGCCAUUACAGCUAUUGGAAAAAGGAUCUGCGAUGGAUUCUAUGUCAAUUCGGCCAGCAUGGCCAACGUCCGCAAAGAUAUGGGCAAGUGUCCGGUGCUCUAUCUACCGAGUCAUCGGAGCUACAUGGACUUUAUCCUUAUGUCGUACAUCUGCUACUACUACGACAUCGAGAUACCAGGAAUAGCAGCCGGAAUGGACUUUCACUCCAUGUUUGGAAUGGGCACCAUGCUGAGAAAAACCGGAGCCUUCUUUAUGCGUCGCAGUUUCUCCAACGACGAGUUGUACUGGGAUAUUUUCCGGGAGUACAUGUACGCUCUGGUGGCCAAUUACCACAUCGGCGUGGAGUUCUUCAUCGAAGGCACACGCUCCAGGAACUUCAAAGCCUUAGUGCCCAAAAUAGGGCUCCUGUCAAUGGCCCUGCUACCAUAUUUCACUGGCGAAGUUCCCGAUGUGAUGAUUGUGCCAGUUAGUGUGGCUUAUGAGCGAGUCCUAGAGGAGCAACUCUUUGUUUACGAACUGCUCGGAGUGCCUAAACCGAAAGAGUCUACAAAGGGUUUCUUCAAGGCACUGAAAAUCAUCGAUGAACGAUUUGGGAAAAUGUUCCUGGAUUUUGGUGAGCCAAUAUCAGUGAAGGAAUUCUUCGGACACGACAGUGGUCAGCGGAUGCAAAGAGCUGGGGUGGGUGGCCACCUGCAGAAACUCAACCGCCAAGAAGUGGAACUAGUCAAGCAGCUGGCCAAUGAGAUUAUCUACCAACAGCAGCGACGUAUUGUGAUCACUACAUUCAAUCUAUUGAGUUUGUACUACGCCAGUCAAUUGUACGCCCAAAAGAGUGUCAACAUAGACGAGUUAUCCCGUGGAGUUCUGCAUCUAAAAAGGAUCUUCGAGCAGCUGGGGGCACAUGUUAGCACUACACAAAGUAGCAUCAAGGCGGAUAUUAUAGAUGCUGUGGAAAUACACUCAAACAUAUUACAUUUUGCAACCGCUAGAUUGCAAUUUACACCCAUGGCAGCCAAGCAAUUGGCUGAACAAAUCGAUGUUAAACGCCUGAAAGCUCAUGCUCUUUGCCCGCAGACGAUGGCAGUGGCUGUUCCCAUGUUGGCGCUGCAGCUCUACAUUAAUCCCUGCAUGUUUUGGCUGGCCAGACCAGCUUACUUGCUCCUCGCGGCGCUUAAGGAGCAGAAGAAUCAGGAAAAGCAGUCGACAGACAUUUCAUACGAUGCCAGUUUGAGUGCCCUGCAUACGCAUGUGACCAGUAUGGAUACCCUGUUCCAGCACGAGUUCAUCAUUGAAUCGAAUCGUGAGGCAGCUGAGUUUGAGACACAUUUGCAACUGCUCCUGGACGAGAGGGUGGUGGAGGUGGAAAAGAGCGGCCGUAUUAAAGUCCAGGACAACGAGUGUUCGCAUGUCAUUCUGGCUGCCCUGGCGCCUUUCCUGUGUCUAUACUACCAACUGGUAGUCACCUUAAGAAAGAUUCCUCUGGAAUUCGAGUUCAGUAACAAGGAUCUGCUUGUUCGCGUCCAGCAGCAUGUGGAACAACUGCUGCAGCAACCCGGAGGCUCUGCCUCCCAUGUGCAUCCAUAUUGUCUGGCACUGGACAACCUCAAUAUAGCCAUAUAUGCCCUAAUCCAAAGGGGCUACCUUCUGAAAUGUAAAGACUCGGGUCAAAUGAAGAUCGCUGCAGCUCCAGGAAAGUGCUUGAAGGAACUGGAAAAUCAGCUCCUCGAGUACUGCCAACUAAUGCCAUUCGCACAAUACUCGACGGCGGCCAACCAGCAGGCCCAAUUUCACAUAGCCAAGUUAUAACUGACAAAUGGCAAGAGGCCGACGGGGGAGACGACGCCACAGGAGGCGGACAUGGAUUUAAACCCCGAUCCAGCGUCGAAUCCCGAAAAGUGUAGUACAAUUAGCAUUUCAUUGACCAUGCAAUUCAUCCAGUUUGUUGUCGGCCUGCUCAAGAAUUGUCGCAUCAUC